AUGGCGACUAGCAGCGAAACUAGGAAAACGGUGUUCAAGCGGAAUCCAUCGGAAAGGGUUUUCGUCAAUCGGCCACUUCGUCUUGAAAAGAUCACCCACUUUGGAUUUGACAUGGAUUAUACGCUGAUCCAAUAUAAAUCUCCGGAAUUGGAAUUCUUAGCAUUUGAUAUGGCAGUUGAUCGUUUAAUCGAAACGGGAUACCCUUCUGAAAUUAAGACGUUCAAAUAUGAUCCUAUUUUUCCAGUUAGAGGACUAUGGUUCGAGAUGCAAUAUGGCAAUUUACUUAAAGUCGACGGAUUCGGCAACAUUCUUGGAGGAAUCCAUGGACUUCGAUUCUUGAAAUCUACGGAAAUUGAAGAACAUUAUCCAAACAAAUAUCUUCCUUUGUCGGACUCCCGUGUUUAUGUGCUGAAUACACUUUUCAAUCUUCCUGAAACUCAUCUCAUCUGCCAACUCAUCGACUUUUUCGACAAACAUCCCGACUUUUCUCAGCUUCCAGAUAGAACUGGUGUCCGAUGCGGCGAAGUUAUGAUGUCGUACAAAUCGAUUUUCCAGGAUCUUCGCCGAGUUAUUGAUUGGGUUCAUAUUGACAGCGACAUGAAAACGAAAAUCAUGGCAAGCCCUGAAAAAUAUGUUAUUGCGGAUGACCGAGCAUCGAAAUUCUUAAGACAAUUGAGAGAGAACGGAAAGAAGACAUUCCUGUUGACCAACAGUGAUUGGAAAUAUACAAAUGUUUUGAUGACAUUUUUGCUUGGAGACGAGUGGCGAUCAUAUUUUAAUGUUGUUGUAGUCGAUGCUUGUAAGCCGAGAUGGUUCGCUGAAGGAAGUGUUUUCAGAGAGGUUAACAUUGAAACCGGAUCGUAUAAACUAGGAAUCCACACUGGUCCCCUUCGAGAAGAUGUUGUGUAUUCUGGAGGAUCGUGUGACGCGUUCCAAAAAAUGAUGAAAUGUCGCGGAAAGGAAGUUUUGUAUGUAGGAGAUCACAUUUUUGGAGACGUUUUGAGAUCGAAAAAGUCGAGAGGAUGGCGCACGUUCCUUGUAGUUCCAGAGCUUAUCAAUGAACUCACUGUGUGGACAGACAGCAAACCAUUGUUUGAGCAACUUGGCUCACUUGAAACAAGCUUAGCUGAUAUCUAUAAACAUUUAGAUGGUGCGGCACGUCAUAAGCCAGUGGUGAAAGAUAUUGUUGAUCAAAUCCGAAAAUUGACUACUCAAAUGGACGAGGAGUAUGGAAUUCUUGGAAGUCUUUUUAGAACUGGUGGGAGAACCACAUUUUUUGCCUCACAAGUUGAACGAUAUGCCGAUGUCUACGCGGCGUCUUGUUACAAUCUCGUUCACUAUCCAUCGUUCUAUUAUUUCCGUGCUCCAAUGAAGUGUAUGCCUCAUGAGGCAACUGUUGAUCAUGCUGCCACGCUUCGAUCCCGCGCCAAUACACUUGAUAGACAAGAAAGUGUUGGCCAACAAGUUCGUGGUUGGAAUCGUAUGACAUUGAAUGAUAACGAGACAUUCUGUCACGAAGAGGAAGAAGAUGAGGACCAGUCGAAUAGUAGUGAUGGAGAAGCGAAGCGGGAGAGGACCAAAUCGGGUAGUGAGGAAUCGUCAAACAUUGACGAUAAUAUCGUUACCGAGCCGCAUAAAGAUGUUGUUCAAGCUUCGCCGGCGUUUGUUGACAAGAAUGCCUAA